AUGGAACAAGAAAGUGCCUUCAAUGAACUGAAACAUCGCUUGACCAUUGCACCCGUCUUGGCAUAUCCCGAUUUUAGUCCUGAUGCAGGAUUAUUCGUACUUGACACAGAUGCCAGCCAACCCUUGGGCAUUGGCGUUUUUUUAUCUCGAUUGCAACGCAAUGACACUGAGCGUGUGAUAGCUUACGGGAGUCGUUCUUUGAAUGAGCAGGAAAAGAACUCUUGCGGGACUCGAUUAGAGAUGCUAGCUCUGAGUGAAGGAAACCAGCUGUUGAGGAACUUCACGUCGAUGCGCUGUGCUGCUCGUGCUGUCUGGGCCCAGUUUGAACUGUUGUUGCUACAACAGCGGGUUCUCUAUAUAAAGUCAGCUGCCCACACUACUCAAGCUAAACUGGGGAUGGUUGCACCGAAACAGUUAGUGGAGCAGGCCCUUGUCGAAGUUCAUGAUGGCGUUGCUGGCGCCCACCUUGGAGGAAUGGAGAGUCUAAUGAAGAUGAAAGCUAGAUUCCGGAGGCCUGGCACGACCAAAGAGGUGCAUUGUUACUACGAUCGAUGUCUGACAUGUGCCAAGUGUAAGCCAAGGGCGAAACCCAGAGCACCACUGUGGUCAUUUACCUCUGGCAACCCCACGCAACGCAUCCAUAUUGACAUUGUGGCUCCCUUGCCACGGUCUCGGAGAGGAAACCGCUACAUCUUAACAGUUCAGUGCAGUCUUACUAACAGGGCUGAGGUGUUUGCAAUGUCCAACCAGCGUGCCACAACCUCGGCAAAGGUGCUUGUAAGGAACUGGAUCUGCAGAUCUGGUGUGCCUGACAGCAUUCAUAGCUAUCAAGGCCGUAAUUUCGAGUCUAGAACAUUCUCGGAAACGUGCCAGCUGCUGAGUAUUAACAAGACGCUCAGCAGCGCGUAUCACCCUGAGGGCAAUGGCCAAGUAGAAAAUCUGCACAAAACCUUAAGGAGCAUGUUGAAAGCUAGAGUUGAAGAUAAUCCAGCUACACGGGAUGAGCACCUUGAUUUCUGCCUGAUGGCCUAUCGCAGUAGUGUUCGUUUCCUCCACGGGGCACAACCCGUUCGAGCUCAUGUUCGGUAG